AUGUCUCCGGCUCCUUUUAAGAAGUGCGACGUCUGCGAGGGUAAGAUUCCCAGCCAGUACCCGCACUCUUCUUGUCUUCUCUGCCUCAGGGAGGCCCACAACCCCAAGACCUGCGCUCUUUGCAAGUCCCUGACUCCGCAGAAGAGGCCUUUGAAUUCAGGAGAUGGUUCUCCUCAUGGCUCUUCCCACGCCAAGAAGGCACGCACUAAGACUCCAGAGGGCUCCCAGUCGGUCUCUAAGGAGCAUGCUGCCUCCUCCGAAUCCAGACAGGACUCAUCGGUACUGGUCAGCUCCAAGCCUCAUCAUGCCAAACGUCAUACACCAGCUUCAGCUUCGGUCACUUCUCCACCUGUGAUGUUGGCUUUCCAACGCCUGGGUGGGCGUGAGGCGGUGCGAGGCUCCGGCUGCAUCCCAGUCCCUGGGCCUGGGAGGGAGGGCGAGGAGGAGGGCGUAGAGGAAGGGGCCGGGCCCUUGGCGAGCCCGCCCUCCUCGCGGAUCCAGGCCAGGGGUGGAGGAAGCGGCAGGCAAUGCUCUGGGGCCCGGCGACAGAGGGCCAUGUCUUCCUCGCUGUCGCCGUCCUCUUCCUCUUCCUCCUCUUCAGUGCGAGGCCUGAAGGCCGAGCUGAAGCUGCUGAAGUCCAUCUUCGGUCAGGACCAUGAGCGUUUCCGCAUCGUCUCCUGGAAGCUGGACGAGCUCCACUGCCAGUUCCUCCAGAGGCCUGCCUCCCCUCCCUCGGCCACCAAGGGCCCCGCCGCCAGGCCCAGUGGACCCCCGCCGCCUUCAACUCCUCUGCCGCUCAGCAUUCACUGCAACAUCACGGAAUCUUACCCUUCUUCAUCGCCAAUAUGGUUCGUGGAGUCAGAUGACCCCAACUUGACUUCAGUAUUGGAGCACUUAGAGGAUAUUAAAAAGAGCAAUACUCUGCUUCUCCAACAGCUGAAACGGUUCAUAUGUGACCUUUGCAGAUUAUACAAUCUUCCUCAGCAUCCUGAUGUUGAAAUGCUAGAUCAGCCGUUGCCUACUGGCCAGAAUGGAACAACUGAAGAGGUUACAUCAGAAGAGGAGGAGGAAGAAGACAUGGGUGAAAACAUUGACAUGGAUCAUUAUGAUAUGAAGGAAGUAGAACCAGUCGAUGGGAAGAAGUCCGAGGAUGAUGGCAUUGAAAAAGAGAACCUGGCCAUUCUGGGAAAAAUCCGGAAAAAUCAAAGGCAAGACCACCUAAAUGGCACAGUUUCUGGGUCUGUCCAGGCUUCAGAUCAACUUAUGAAAGAACUCAGGGAUAUAUAUAGGUCACAGAGUUAUAAAAAAUGGAUUUACUCAGUGGAACUCGUAAAUGACAGCCUGUAUGAAUGGCAUGUAAAACUUCUAAAGGUUGAUCCUGACAGUCCGUUGCACAGUGAUCUUCAAGUCUUAAAAGAAAAAUAAGGUGUAGAAUAUAUUUUGCUCAAUUUCUCUUUUAAGGACAAUUUCCCCUUUGACCUUCCAUUUGUGAGGUUGGUGGCUCCUGUGCUUACUGGAAGGUAUGUUCUUGGUGGAGGUGCAUUAUGCAUGGAACUUCUUACUAAACAGGGUUGGAGCAGUGCCUACUCCACAGAAUUAGUCAUCAUGCAGAUCAAUGCCACACUAGUCAAAGGAAAAGGAAGAAUACAGAUUGGAGCAAAUAAGAACCAAUAUAACCUAGCAAGAGCACAGCAGUCCUAUAAAUCUCUAGUACAGUUACAUGAGAAAAAUGGUAUGUAUGGCUGGUUCACGCCUCCAAAAGAGGAUGGUUAA